CAACGCAGUUUACAAUUGCUCUAGAGUGUUGUAUUGACUUAUAAAACAGAGAUAGACAUAAUAUAUAUUAUAUUUAUAUAGGUCUUUAUAACUUGUUUUGAUUUUGAAUUGCGAUUUAUGUCGUAAUUGAUAUAUAAAAUAAAAAUGAAUAAAAAUUACGAACGGUGUACACAUUGCAAUAGACGUAAAUGGCUUACAACAGGUUGUCUUCGUAAAUGGUUAAAACCAAUGGAAUGUAAACAUCUACAAAGAACAAUUGAAAGCAAAAGAGACUUAAAUGAGACUGACAUAGUUAGGUGUGUGUUUUUAUCAGAGAGGACGAGUCCAGUGAAGACUAAUAAGUUUAUAAAAUUUUGGAAGAACAAACUAUUCAUUACUGGUAGUGUUAGGUCUUUGCAGAGGUAUUUUGGGAACAAAAAUAAUGCCAAUGAGUACUUGUGUAAACCUGUUGAAACCUCAUCAUCUACAGAACGACUUAUGUUUGCUGCUAAACCCGAAAUUAAAAGAGAUAUUGAUCUUCACAAACAAAUGAUCAAAUGCCAACAUUCAGAUGACCACUCAGUUUUAAGGGGACAUCAUCAGCACAUUUCACUUGAAAGCUGUGCUAUUUAUUGCCAAUUAUCAAAGCAUGGUUGGUAUUGGGGUGGAAUCACAUCUAGUGAAGCUGAGGUGCUCCUUGCAGGCCAGCAUGAUAAUGUUUUUCUUGUAAGGGACUCUUAUGACUCACGCCACAUACUUUGUGUGUCUUUUCGAUGUGUGGGACGGACUUUACAUGCUCGUCUACGCCAUGCAGAUGGUCUGUUUUCCUUAAAUAAUGAGACAUUUGUACCAGCAAACAGAAUAUCAGAACAUUGUGCAACUGUAGAUGUUAAAUCAAAUCUAUUUGAAAUGCCAGUAAAGUUAGCCAGACCAUUAAACAGGUUUGCCAAAUUAGAUUCUCUACAAAAGAUUUGCAGAUUUGUCAUACGCCAAACAGUUUCAGAACAGUUGUGGAAAAAUUUACCUUUACCACCUAAUCUUAUUACAUAUGUCUCUCUUGGUAGUGAUUAUAUUGCACCAACAUAAAUUAGAUUGUUAACUUUUUAUAACACUUGUAAUACACACAACAUGUUAUAUAUUUAAACCAAGCUGUAAUAUUGACAAAGUUAAAAGUAAAAUAUUAACAGCCACAUGUAUUUUGGAGAGAGCAGUAAAAGUAAUGUAUAGUUGUUUUGCUAGACUAUGUUAAGUUGUAUCCUCUUAUAUUCUUCUUCAUAUAUAGCUUAUUUAUCUUUAUAUUAAAGUAUACAAAUAAAUUAGUUAGUAUGCAAGGUUUCCCAAAAAUUUAACAAUUUUCAUCUAUAAUAAAAAAUUGUGGCAACAUUAAAAUAACUUAUAUUUCUUUUAGAUAUGUAAAAUCUCUAUUUGGUCAAUAAAAAA